ACAUGGGUCAUAAUGUGUAUUGAACUUUCAGUUAGUUGGUGGAGAUAUUGCAUUAACAUGCAUGUUAAGUAUAGUGAAUAUACAUGUGGUGUAAUUGAGGUUAUUUACUUCCCUAUAGGUUAGCCAGCCCCAUAACUGAUCAGCGCUACUAAUAUAUAUACAAGUAGAAAUUAGUUCAAGUAGUCAUUCCAACACCAAGUUCAUGUUAUGUUCUUUUCUUUGAGAUUUUAAGAUUUUCAUUUUAACAUCUCUCGAUGAAGCGCACUUUUGUUCUUGGGUUUUUGUUGGUUUUGUUCUUUUAUGGGAGUUUGUGUUAUGGCAGUGCCAAUAUUGUGGAGGUAGUUGGAUUUGGAGAAUGUGCUGAUUGCAAGGAGAAUAACAUCAAGACAAGCCAAGCAUUAUCAGGGUUAAAAGUGACCAUUGACUGCAAGCUUGAAGAUGGUGAAUUCCAAACAAGAGGUGUUGGAAAGUUGGAUGAUGAAGGACAAUUCAAGUUAAAUCUUCCUCAAGAAAUCUUGAAAGAUGGAAAGUUGAGUGAGGAAUGCUAUGUACAACUCCACAACGCCAUAAAUGCACCUUGUGCAUUUCACAAUGGGUUAGAAGCCUCUAAGAUCACUUUCAUGUCCAAGUCAAAUGAAAAACACACCUUUGGACCGACCGGACUACUCAAAUUCUCGUCGGCAAUUUGCACAUCUGCCACCCUUUGGCCGUCGUUCCCUAAGUCCCACCCUUGGUAUAAGAAAUUUCACAAUCAUUUCCAUCAUCCACCAGUUGCUGUUAAGCCAGAGCCAAAGCACAAACCGGAGCCAAAACCAAAUCCAGAGCCAAAACCAAAGCCAGAGCCCAAACAAGAGCCAAAACCAAAGCCAGAGCCCAAAGAAGAGCCAAAACCAAAGCCAGAGCCCAAACAAGAGCCAAAAUCAAAACCAAAGCCCAAACCGGAGUCGAAACAAAAGCCAAAGCCCAAGCCUAAGCCAGAACCAAAGCCAGAACCCAAGCCCAAGCCAAAGCCAGAACCAUUUCUUAAAAAACCAUGCCCACCAUUUUCACUCCCCAAAUUUCAUCCACUACCGACCCUUCCUCCAAAAUGGAAACAUCAUCCCCUCAUACCUGGGCCACCGCACAUUUAAAUUUUCCCUCCAAAGCAUUUUAAUAUUCCUUAGUCGUGGCGUGUGUAGGCAUAUUCAAAUACCAGUUAAUCUUUCAAGAAUGUAAUAAAGAUUUGUAAGAAGAUGAUGUGGGUAUAUGGAUUGAUGUAUCAUGAUUCGCCAAUGAUGAGAGGUCGCGUUCCAUUGCUUAUGAUUUCAAUAUUUGAGUGUGAAUUUGAUAGGGGUUUGUAGAUGUUCCAGGUUUGAUUGCAACUUGAGUUGUGUUAUUUGUUGUUGUAUGUUCAUUAUUAUAGUUACAAUUGUCUGUACACGUUGAAAUAAAGAAGUUAUUGUGGUUCUCGUAUUAUC